AUGGGUGAUCUUUGGGUACUUUUGCUCCUGCCUUUGUCUCUGGGAGCCUUCCAGGGGGUCAGAGGCUGUUUAGAGUGUGAUCCUAAAUUCAGAGAGGAUAUUAAGGCCAUGUUGGAAAAGCUAAUUCCUUCAGAAGUCCCUAGUCGAACUGAACUGAUUGAACACCAGUUCAAGGAGAUGACACGUUUAAGCUUCAAGGUCUCUCACGAGAACAAGAUGCUACGGGUGUUGGCUAUUGAAACAGUUGUCAAGUUGAGAACAUGGCUGAAGAAUGAAUUUUCUAAGCUGAGCAAAGAAACAUGGAAAGGUGUGUUUAUUUUGCAAGGAAAGCUUCUUGAGAUCCGCCAAACCUUGGAAUCCAAACUACAGAAGUUAUUAAAGAGCUUCUCUGAAGUCGCUUGUUCUGAAGAUUGCAUUCUGAUUGAAGGUCCCAUCCUUGAUUGCUGGACAUGCCUUCGCAUCACCACCCAGUGCUUCAAAGGAGAAUAUUGUGGAGAGGAUGACCCAAAAAAGGCUGAAAGUCGAGAGAUAGGACUGUUUCUAGUACUGCUGGCAGAAAUUGGAAUAUUGGCAAGUGCUGUGUUACUAUUCCAUUUUUGUGUCAUUCAUCGGAGAAGGAUGAAAGAAAUACGAAAUACACUAAAGAAAUAUUUGGAGAAGAAACUUGAACAAUUAAUAGGAAUGUCAGAUAAGGAGCAGGAGAGAACAGACUUUAGGCCAAGAAAAUAAAUACACAAACACAGAUUGUAUGUCUUAGCAUUGACUCAGAGCCCGAAACUGGGAACUAAGCUCUUCUGUGGUCAUAAACUAAUAUUGUUUUAAAACUGAAAAAGAACUUAGUUCGUCUAGUGAAACUAGAAUGUGAUCCUAGAAUGUGAAACUAGAAUGUGGAGCAGUGUGAAGGCAAAGGCUUUGCCCUGAGUUCUACAGAAAGGAAUACUGCCAUUUUGUAAUGCACGUGAGAAUAUGUUCAAUGGCAAAAAGGAAUGGUGUGCCAAUAAAGCUCAUUAAUGA